AUGACAAAGGAGUACGUGGAUGGCUGGGAGUCGGGCUCUGGCGGCGGGAAUGGGCUGGGGAGGACGAAGAGCUUGACAGAUCAGGACCUGGAGGAGCUGAGAGGCUGCUUGGACUUGGGAUUUGGGUUCUCCUACGAGGACAUCCCCGAGCUCUGCAACACCUUGCCGGCACUGAAGCUCUGCAACACCAUGAACCAGAAGCUCCCGAAGGAGCGGCGGCGGCAUCAGCAGCAGAGCAUACUUCCCGAGUCCCCGGGCGUGGGCGGCGCCGGCACCAUCCCGACAUGGAGGAUCUGUAGGCCCGGUGAGGACCUCUCUUCCCCGUUGAUGAUGCUUCUACGAGGAUCUUCAUGGCUAGCUUGAGCCGAUCAAGAUAUGAGACAAACGCCCUUCUUCUUUCAGGGGACGAGCCGGAAGAAGUUAAAGCGAGGCUCAAGCUCUGGGCGCAGGCCGUGGCCUGCAUCGUUCGCUUGUGCCGUUGA